AUGAACCCUGCUUUAGUUAGCUAUACAUUUAUGCCGAAAAAAUAUUUAAAAAUCUCGAAACGCUAUAUUACAAGAGAUAGUAAGAUAUAUGGACAAUUUAAUACUAAUAAAAAUAUUAAUUUUCAAAGAAUUUAUACUAAUAAAUUUUUAAAUAAUAAUAUAAGUAUUAUUGAUAGUAAUUGCACAAUAUUUUUUUGUAAUUCCCGUUCAUUAUUUUCACGCUGCUUUACUAUAUUAUCAUCUUGUAAUAAUACUAUAACGUGUGAAAAAAAUAUUUUUAAAAAUAAAUCGAUAAAAACAAUGAGCAACGAUAAUAAAAGAAAUCCUAUCAAUGAUAGCAUGAAUGUAAAUGAUAAUUCCCAGACAAAUAAUGAGAAAAAUAUAGAUAGCACUAAUUAUGACUAUGAUUAUAUAGUUAUUGGUGGAGGUCCUGGAGGUAUGGCAUCCGCUAAAGAAGCCGCUUCACAUGGAGCUAAGGUUUUGCUGUUUGAUUUUGUUAAGCCAAGUAGCCAAGGAGCAAAAUGGGGUAUUGGAGGUACAUGCGUAAAUGUAGGGUGUGUACCAAAAAAGUUAAUGCACUAUGCAGGAAAUAUGGGGACAUUAUUUAAAAAUGAUUCAGAGAAAUAUGGAUGGAAUUUUAAUAAUCUAAAACAUGAUUGGAAUACAUUAGUUGGUACUGUUCAAUCUCAUAUACGAUCAUUAAAUUUUAGUUAUAUGGUAGGGUUAAAAUCUUCAAAAGUAAAAUAUAUUAACGGACUAGCUAAAUUAAAAGAUAAAAAUACAGUAUCAUAUCAUUUAAAAGGUGAUACCUCUAAAGAAGAAUGUGUAACAGGAAAAUACAUUUUAGUUGCAACAGGAUGUAGACCAAAUAUACCUGAUGAUGUUAUAGGUGCUAAAGAACUAAGUAUAACUUCCGAUGAUAUAUUUUCUUUAAAAAGAACCCCAGGAAAAACAUUAGUUGUUGGUGCUUCAUAUGUAGCUUUAGAAUGUGCUGGCUUUUUAAAUUCAUUAGGUUGUGAUGUAACAAUAUCAGUACGUUCAAUAAUAUUACGAGGUUUUGAUCAACAAUGUGCAAACAAAAUAAAAUUAUUUAUGGAAGAACAAGGAGUAACAUUUAUGACUGGUGUAUUACCUAAAAAACUAACUAAAGAAAAUGAUAAAAUCUUAGUUCAUUUUAAUAAUGAUACUACAGAAACAUAUGAUACUGUUCUAUAUGCAAUAGGUAGAAAAGGAGAUAUCGAUGGAUUAAAUUUAGAAAAAUUAAAUAUAAAUAUAAAUAAUAGUAAUAAUAAAAUAAUAGCAGACCAAUUUAGCUGUACAAAUAUUCCUAACAUUUUUGCAGUUGGGGAUAUUGCUGAAAAUGUACCUGAAUUAGCACCAGUAGCUAUAAAAGCAGGAGAAAUAUUAGCUAGACGAUUAUUUAAAAAUUCUAAUGAAAUAAUGAAAUAUGAUUUUAUACCAACAUCAAUAUAUACACCUAUCGAAUAUGGAUCAUGUGGUUACUCAGAAGAAAAAGCAUAUGAAAAAUUUGGAAAAAAUAAUAUUGAAGUAUUUUUACAAGAAUUUAAUAAUUUAGAAAUAUCAGCAGUUCAUAGAAUAAAACAUGUUAAGGCACAAAAAGAUGAAUAUGAUGUUGAUAUAUCAAGUACUUGUUUAUCUAAACUUGUUUGUUUAAAAAAUGAAGAUAAUAGAGUUAUUGGUUUUCAUUAUGUUGGACCUAAUGCAGGUGAAGUUACUCAAGGAAUGGCAUUAGCUUUAAAAUUAAAUGCAAAGAAAUCUGAUUUUGAUAACUGUAUUGGAAUACAUCCAACAGAUGCAGAAUCAUUUAUGAAUCUAACAAUUACCUUAUCAUCUGGUUUGUCUUAUGCUGCUAAAGGUGGAUGUGGCGGUGGAAAAUGUGGAUAA